GACCCCGAAGCUCACCGCAGCUCACAGCCCAAUAUUUAAAUUCCACACCUAUCCCCACCCCUUUUUGGGUCACUCUCUCUAGGGUUUAGCAGAAGAACCAUUACCGUUUCUUCUUCGAAACAGAAAUGGCUUUGAGAAACCUGGUCCGUACCGGAGCUUCUCUUUUGAAUCGGUUAUCGUCCAACCCCUUUGUUCACCAGAACCCAAAUACGUAUCUCCGAAUCGUAUCUGAAGGCCUCGAUAUCAGUCCAAAGCUAUUCCCAUCACUCUCCAAGUUCCAGACCUCCCUCCAUUUGCCACAGCAAAACCAUGCUGAAUUUCUGCAAAAAGUUACCUCUGAAAGCUUCCUUUACCCCUGUGGCCUCCCUUCGCUUCGGUUCUUCUUGCCGGAUGGAGAUGUUUCUUCUUCAAAUGAGCCAAUGCUUUUAUUUCCCAAAAGGACUUUCCAACCUAGCCUCAUCCGGCGUAAGAGGAAUCAUGGGUUCUUUGCUCGCAAGGCAACCAAGGGUGGGAGGAGAGUCAUUGCUCGAAGAAUAGCAAAGGGCCGGGCAAGAAUUACGGCUUAGCGUUUUUGUCUCUUCUGAGUAAAAUAAAGGCUAAAUCUUGGCCUAUAUUUUUUUUUUACACAUUUGGGAAGAGGGGGGGUUUCGAAUCCAAGACCUCCAUUUUGGAGGUAGGGAGUUUAUGACAAUCAGGCCACAAGCCUUUGACAGCUUGGCCUGUAUUUUGGUAAGACUGCAAGUCUGCAAAUUGGAAAGAAUAUUUGCGUUAAUUAUGUGGUGGAUCAGCGCACCUGAAAGAAGGAAGGGUCUAGAUCAAGGCCAUUGAGUACGAUUCGAACUCUGAUGUGUUCCUUGCUUUUUUUUUUUUGGUCACUCAAGAUUAAUUAGUCAUGCGAAAGUUUGUAGUUUGUUUGCAUGUAAAUUUCAGUUUUGUUGUAAUUUGUGAUUUUGGUUUGAUGUCUGGCUGUCACAAGAGCAUGAUCAAGGAAUGCAUGCAUGUCUCUAUCCGAUGUAACUUGAAACGAAGGGCGCUUGAUUGGAAGGUGCCGCGAUAUUGCUUCCCAGAUUGUGUUCACGGGAAAGGUGAAAGUAAAAGGAAAGGAAACCUUAAUUUGUCUGGCUCACACUUACGUUGCUUGUAAAGCAAGGUUUUGUCUGUACACACAUUAAUCGAUUAAAAAAAAUCACGUCGAAGAGACUGAAA